AUUCAUGGAAAAGAACAGUUUUAUCCGACUCGCAUCUUCUCAAUCUUCUGUUGCACAAUUGCAAAUCAGAAAAAGUGGAACUAGACCUUCCUUUUAUAACAAAUGGCCACAAACUAGUACUGGAUUUCCUGAACUGGACAAGGCUCUCGGAGGUGGCGUUCCUAUUGGCUCAGUGUUUGUUCUGUUGGAAGAUGAACCCACUCGCUUCUAUCAAUCUAUUUUAAAUGUAUUUAUGGCUCAAGGUUUGGCACAUAAACAUACUUUGGCUUUAGCUUCAGCAGAUGAAGAACCCUCUCAAGUUAUCACGAACCUCCCUAAAAGAAGAAAUUCUCUGAUUGCUGAAAGAAAUAACAAGGAAUCCAACGACGCAUCCUUGAAAAUAGCUUGGCGUUAUGCCGAACAACCGAGUGGGAGCCAAAUACGUGGAACUUCAGUCUCGGAGUCACUGUCUGGUCAAGUAUAUCACCACACUUUUGACUUGACCGAACAAGAAGAUCCAAAACAACUUGAAAAGGCUUUAAUUUCAACUUUUGGUGAUACUUGUUUCACUUACGACGCUAUGUUGCUUCAUAUGAAAGAACAUAUACUUCAUAGUGAAGAUCGGGGAUUCAUGAGUAGACUAGUUAUCCGUUCAUUUGCUUCUCAUUUUUGGGAAAAUGCUACUUGUCAACAACUUGUUAUAUUUCUGUUAUAUUUCCGAUACAUCAUUCGGAAGAGUACAGAAGGCUGUGUAGGAAUGAUAUCAGUAGCCAGGUCCUCUCUUGAACAAUAUCCCUUUUUGAAAGCUGCCUUGUUUCAUCUUGGUGAUAUAGUUUUGGACUUGAAUUCAUGUCAAGGUCAGGGGACAGCAGAGUUGGGACUCGGAAACUUUCAUGCGUUGGCAAAUAUACACAAAUACCCACGUAUAGGAGGUGUUCAUUUGUUUAGACCACCUUGUUCAACGUUUGUUUUAAAGAGAAAGAGGAGGUCAAUAGAAUGGCAGGUUGCUUAUUCUUCUCCAGAAGAAGAAAAUGAAAAUGUAAGAAGUUUUGAAACUGGAAAAACUUUACAACACCAUGUAGACUUUUAAAUAAAGAAACAAACAAAAAAUGCU